AUGCAAGUUGGAACAAAUCAAUCGACUACGUAUCAUAGUCAACCAACAUUAACUACAUCGAGUGGACAAUCAGGUCGUUCAUCGUCAACAUCUCGUCAACAACAACAAACUCAAUAUGAUAGCGAACAAUUAGCAAAUAUUCGUCCUCGUUUAUGUGUUUUACGUAAAUGGCCUCAUUAUGAUGGUUAUGGUGUUCAUUUAGCUCGUAAUCAACAUUGGCUUGGUUUACGUAUUGGUGAUGUUGAACCAAAUAGUCCAGCUGAAAGUGGUGGUCUUUUACGUGAAGAUGUUGUUCUUGCUGUGAAUGGUCAUUCAGUUGAAAAUGAUGAUUUUUUUGUUAUACUUUCAUUUAUUCAACAUGAACUUGAAGAUGAUCAAAUUCGAUUUUUAGUACUUGAUCCUCAUAGUGCAGAUUUAGCUCGACGUCAUCAUUUAAAUAUUGAUGAAAAUUAUCGAACAUGUGUUCGAAUGGAAACACCAACAUUAACUGUAAGUCCAGAAAAAGUUUUGUACGAUCAAUGGCGUACAGCAAAUAAUAAUGAUCCAACAGUGGCACAAAAUACAAUACACCUUGGACCAACAUUAUCACUAAAUCAAAAUCAAUCGAAUUUAACCAAUCAACGAUAUCAAGAAAAACCAUCACAUCAAGGAACUGAAGUUUAUACAUUUUUACCAUAUUCAGAUUAUGCGGUUGAGAACGGCAAAUCCUUUUUCGAUAUUAUCUUUGAACAAGAAAAUAAUUCAUCUCCAACAAGACAACAACAACAACAACAACAACAACAGCAUCCACAAUAUACUGUACAAGUUCCUCGGACUACAGAUUAUACCGAUGAUAAUACUGACAAUAAAAACAAAUAUCACAGUAAAAUCACAGAAGGUGUUAAAGAUUUUGUUAAGUCAGGCAUUGGAAAUAUUAAAAACCUUUUACCAACAAAACAUCAUCAUGAUGAUGAAGAUGAACAUGAUAAUAUUGAUUCUAAGCGUAAAAAUAGCAGCGAAUCAAUUGACAGUUUGCCUCAUGGAGAUGAAUCUCCGUCAUUUAUUGACAAACUUAGAACUAAAUUUAAAACACCAAGCAGUUCUUCAAAUACCACUGCUGUUCAAGAAAAGCCACCACAGCCAUAUGAACGUUUAUGGCAAACUUCGUCUAAGUUAGAGGACACAAAUAACAAUUUAAAAUCAGAACCACAUAUGUGUUCGAUAACAUUUCGACCAGGUAUGGAUACAAUCGGAAUAUCACUACAACCGGAUAAAGAUUUUGGCCAUAUUAUUAAAAGCGUUGAAGUAGAUUCUUUAGCUGAUCGUUCUGGUAUUGAACGAGAUGAUUGUAUUAUAUCACUUAAUGAUAGAUCACUUCUUAAUAUUCCAUAUGAUGAUGUUUUAAAUAUUCUUAAACAAAGUCGUAGUGAAAAAAGUCUUGAUUUUCUUGUUGCAAAAAAAUCUUAUUUACUUAAAUCACGUCAAAAUAAUACAACAUUAGAUAAUAUUCAACAAGAUACAUCAGAUAAAUAUAAUGAUACAACAUUAAAUACAGUUGCUCAAGUUAUGCCAUCAUCAAAUAUAUCUGAACGAGAUAUUUCAUCAAGUACAGGUGCAGCACAAACAUUAGAACAACUUUAUAAUAAAUAUAAUAAUGAACGACAAUCAUCAUUUAAUGAUCAAACAAAUGCUAAUCGACCAAGAGAAACAGUUUCAACAACAACACAUGGACGAUAUGAGUCAGUUUCACCAACAUUAGAUGAUGAUCGAUAUUUAUCAAAACAACAACAACAACAACAACAACAACAACAAGGACAAAUUUUACAAGGUGUUGGUCCAGCUAAAGCUGAUCGAUCAUCAUGGGGUGUAUCAAGUGGAAAAUCAGCUGAUUUGCCAGCAGCAACUAGUGGUGAUUCAUCAACUCGUUCACAAACACAUGGUCGACGAACAGAUAUAGAUGAUACAAAAGGACGUGGUACAUUAGAAGAUGGUUUUAAACCUUUACAAGUUGGUAUUACCAAUCAAACACCAACACAACAAACAGGCAAUAUUUCACCGACUAUUCCAAGUAGUAGUAUUCCUGCUGAUGGAUAUCGCACAUCUCGACCAACAUCAUCAACUGAACAACGAGAUAGUUCACCUAAACGUUUACCAAGUCCAGAUACAGCAGCAGCAAAUAAACGUGGUGAUGUAAGUUCAUCAUCAAGACAAAAUCAAUCUAUUCAAAAUCUUCAAAGUGGUAUGCCCAUUAUACCUGGUGAAGUAACAUCUACAGUAUCUGAUUAUGAACAAAGAAGUUCUCAAACAACUCCAUCAACACAAUCUGAUCUUCGUUUAGAAAUUCUUGAAAAACUAAAAAAUAAACGUAACUAUACAGGCUCUACGAAAGCAAUGAGUGCUCCGAGUAAACCUAUUAAAACCAAUACACAUAUGACUGUGUACGAUGAUACGGAUGAAGAUGAUGAUUUAUCUGAUAUAUCAGAGAAAUCUCGUGAAGAAGAUACUUCCGAUCCUAUUGCGAACAAAAAUUUACAAUCUAAGAUUAGUGAAUCUUCAAACGACAAAAAAGAUGCAUCACAUUCUGAAUCAAUAACAAUACCUACUACGUCAAGUCGUUAUAUACCAGAAAUCGUACCUGAUGAUGAAGAUGAAGCAUCGAAAAUUCGUAAACAAGAUAUUAAUAAUAAACAAUCACUAGCAUCAACAAUAUCGGAUGCCGAUGAACUACCACAUGUACCAUUAUAUGUUGCUGGAAGAUCAACUGUACAAGCUCAUCGUCUAGAACAAUCUGAUAGUGACGAUACAGCAUCAGGUGCUGAUUUUCACACUCAAAAACCAACUUAUGCAGACAUAUUUUAUUCACCUGAAGAAUCUAUUGGUGAUGAAAAUGAUACUGAUGAUCAACAACAAAUAACAGGAGAUUCAGCUGUACAACAUGGAACUGCUCAAGUUAAAUCUUCGGAUAAUAAAUCCGAUGAGAGAGAACAUAGUGAUGAUGAUUAUGAUGAAAGACGUUCCAAUGAAUCGAUUUCAUCUGAAAGUGAAAAAACACCUAUGCAAUCAGGAAAAAUGGCGUUGGCUACAAUGCCUUUAUCAGAAUUAAAAGAACACGGUUAUGAAUUUCAUAAUAUACAAUUAUUGCAGCCAACUGAAACAAGUCCUGUCGGUCUUAAAUUAACUAAACAACAAGAUCCAUUACAAUAUAUUAUAACAGCUGUUGCUAAAGGAACAAAAGCUGAUUUAGCUGGUCUUAAAGUUAAUGAUUGGCUUAUUAAAAUAGAAGAUGAUGACAUACGUUUAAUUGAAUUUUCUGAAGUUUCACAAGAUAUUCGUCAAUUAUUAACUAAUGCUGGUUUAAUUAAUAUGGUUGUAGCAAGAAAAAAAACAUCAGCAUCAACAACUCAACAAAUCGAGAAGGAUGCAACAACAAUAUCAUUAGGAUCAGAAUCAUUUAAUCGUCAGCAAGGAGGUCAAACUCCAGCAUCAUUAUUAACAACUGAUAUAACACGUGAACCACCGGAUAAUAGUCAAGUUCGUUUUGUAUCUGAUCAAUCUACAAGUCCAUCAACAGUACAUUCUCAACGUUCACCAAUGUCUACUCGUGAAACAAAUGUUAAAGCACCUGGGGGUCCGUUUUCAGUUGGCUUAACAAAUCCCAUACCUGAUGAAAAUUUAACAAGAUCACCACGUUCACAAAGUCGUUCACCAAGUCAUUCACCAACACGUGACAAUACAUUUAAUCAACAAGAAAAAAAAUCAUUACCUAACCAACCAUCAGAAGAAUAUGAUGAAAAUGAUAUUCGUCAUAUUGUAUUAAAAGAAGCAUUAGGAUUAGAUUUUAAUUCAUUUAUACCAGAAGGUGAUAGUCAAAUUCAAACACAUUUUAUAAGUAAUGUACAACCAUUAUCAAUGGCUGAUAAAGCUGGUUUACGUGAUGGUGAUCGUAUAUUAACAGUUAACGGUGUUGAUGUAACAAAUUCUAUACAUGAAGAUGUUCGUCGCAUGAUGCAAACAAAAAAACCUUUACAAUUAACAGUUGUGAAUGAUCCUAAAUAUUUAGAAUUAAUUGAAAAUGUUAAACGUACUCAAAAUAAACCAGAAGCUAUACGAGAUAAAAAAAGUUCACCACCACCCGAUUAUGAAUCCGUUGAACAAUCAAAACUAGGUAAUUUACCAAAUUCAACUAGUCGUUCUCGUUCACCAAUAAAACAGAUUUCAAGUGAUUCAAUGGAAGAUGUAAAGCUUUUUCAUCGGAAAUCUGAAUCACCAAAACCAUCUACUGAUGAUUUAUCAAAAAAUCUUCAUGUUUCAUUUACUGAUGAUAAAGGUUCUGUUAAAGUAAAGCAUUGUAUUUUAAAAAAAGAUCCAACUUAUAAUGGUUAUGGUCUCGUCUUACGUUAUCAAAAUGGUCUUCAUUUAAUUGAUCAAGUUGAAGGUGAUUCACCAGCUUUUAAUGCUGGUCUACGUGAAGAUGAUAUUAUUUUGUUUGUUGAUAAAAAAAAUGUUGAAUUAUUAACACACGAUGAUGUUAAAAUACUUAUACGAAAAUUAUCAUUAUCAAAUACCGAUAUUGAUUUAAUAUUAAUUAAAAAAACUGAUGUACCACGAUAUAAAAAUUAUCAAGAAAAAAACUCUAUUGAUUGGAAGCCAAUAUUAGAUGAUGAAUCUAAUAAUGAAACAAUACAAACGGAUCAAACAAGUACUUCACGUAAAUCCUCUGCGUCAUCUAAUAAACAAACAGCACCAGCUCCACCAAUAUCAUCUACAAGUCAAUCGACAUUAUCAACUGGUACUCGUGUUUGUAUUUUACAACCGUCUUCUGAUCGUACAGCUGGUUUUGCACUUAGUGGUAAAAGUCCUCCACCGUAUUUAAUUUGUCAAGUUGAAAAAAAUUCUCCAGCUGAUAAAGCUGGCUUGCUUCUUAAUGAUGUACUUCUAUCAAUUAAUGGAAAAUUAGUAACUGAAACAAAUUAUGAAGAUACAGUUAAAUUAAUUAAAGAAGCACUUCAAAAGAAAACUGUUGAACUUGUUGUUCGAGAACAAUCUUCUCAAUUAGACGAUAAUACAAAAAAUCAAGAUCGAACAAAAUUUUCGUUGGGUAGUAUCGAUAGUACUAAUACAGGAAAUAAAGAUAGUAUUGGAGGAGAACCAAGUCAACAAGGUGCCAAUGCUGUUGAAGAAUAUCAAAAUCGAGCCAUCUCCUCCUCCUCUGCCGGCGGCAGCAGCAGCGCUACUACGAAGAAUUUAGACUCGGGGCAACAGCGAAAUAAAGAAUUAUCAUAUACAUUACGUCUUUGUCAUUUACAUGCAACUAAUGCUGAUGGUACACAAGCAGCUACAUUUGGUUUUGAAUUAAGUGAAGAUGCUGAUUAUGAAUAUCCAAUUAUAUUACGUGUUGAACCACAAUCACCAGCUGAAGGUGCUGGUUUACAAUCACGUGAUGUAUUAUUAAAAAUUAAUGAACGUAAAACAAAAGGUUUAGGUUAUGAUAAAGCUAAGAAAGAAAUUGAAAAAGCUAAACGUGAUGGACGAUUAGAAAUGCUUGUUGUUGAUCAAGAAACAUUUGAUUAUUGUCAACGAAUGAAAAAACCAUUGAAAGAACCUGAAAUGAAAGUGAAACAUAUUUUUCCAAAAAGUAGGUCAUCAGCAAGUUUUCAUAAGUUGCCUGUUGCUGCAAUAGCAGCAACAACAUAUUCAAAUUCAACAAGAGAUAGUGCAGAACAGUUAUAUAAUAGUAAUACAAAAUCUACUAAUGAUAGUAUUCCAUCUUUGCACAAUACGUCAGUUGGUUAUCGUCUUUCGACACCAAAAGAAACGGAUUCCGAGAAUGAAGAAAAUGAUAAGCAAGAUUCACCUGAACAAAAUUCAUCACCUGUUAUUGUAUCACAAACCAGAACAACACGGAAUUCACAUCCAGCAGUUAGUUUUGAUUUAUCUACACCACCUAGUACACUUGCUCAUACUUCUGCUCGUUCUCACGACUCACCUUUGAAAUUUUUUGAUCCUGCACAGACAACAUCUGGACAAAUAGGUACUUCCACAACUGUUGAUCAAAAUGCACCUAAUACAUCACGCUCGACAGCUUCAUCACAACAAACAUCAACGAAAGAAUCAAAACCAUCAAAAGCAAAAGCUAUACCAAACGCAAUUAAUAAUUUAUUUCAUAAAAUUGGACAUUCAAAAUCAUCAAAACUUGACUAUGAUGCUCCUCCAAAAGCAAAAGUUAGUUCAAAAACACGUGCGCCUUCUCCACCAACUGUUCGUGUUGGACAUAAUCGAUUAGAAGUACCACGUGUUUCACAAUCACUUGAUACAAUUGCUAAUAAUGCAACAACUGUACCUGUUUCAAUUAUUCAUGAUACAGUUCGUUCAACAAUAUCAACUGGAUCAUUUGAUUAUCUUCGAGGUCCUCGCCGAUGUGUACUCAGAGUAGACCGCAAUAAAGGUCUUGGCUUUGUUCUUAGUGCCACCGGUGAUUAUGAUCAUACAAUAACAGCUGUUGAAAAAUACUCAGCAGCUGAUAUGGCUGGUUUACAAGUUAACGAUGAAGUAUUAGAAGUCGAUGGCAUCGAUGUAAGAAAUGUUAAAUAUGAGCAAGUAGUUGAAAUGCUUGUCUCUGCAAUGCGAACGAAUGAUACAAUUGAAAUGCGUGUGGUUGAUGGUUCUUCUCGUGAUGUUUAUCAUUCAACAACGGAUGCUGAUAAACAAACAAAUCCAAAUAGUUUAUUAAAUAGCAAUAAUAAUAACAAUAAUAAUAAUAUAGUAACAACAACGAUUCAUUCACUAAAUACAACAGGUGUUUCGGGUGAUGAUUUAUCGGAUAUAAAUAGUUUAAUUAGUCCAUUUGAUACUCUUAAUCAACAAAAAAUUGCUACAAGUUAUCCAAAUUUACCUGGACAAUUGAAACAUCUUGAUAAUGUUACAAAUCGUGCUCUUAGUGGAAGUGUACCUGCACUGGCUACAGGUAUCAAUGUAUAUUAUAUUUUCUUUUUAAUUUUUUGA